UGCAAUUCUCGCUCAUUUCACACUCAUUCAUAGUUUUCCUAAACGAAACUCUGCCCUUUCAUUUUUCCGAUCAAAUCUCUUCUUCUCCGGCAAACAAUUCCGUUUUAAAUCUGUAUGGUGGUGUGUUCUUUUGACUCUUAGCUUUGUGUUUCUUUUGGUUUCCAAUUCAAUUCUCUUGUUUUGAACUUGAAAAAAUUUAGCUUCUUCUGAAGUCGGCCUGGGGAUAUUCGGUUCUUGUAAGAGUAUAUUAGAAGGUGAUUAUCUUUUGAUUCAUAUCCCUUUUUGCUUCUUUUGAGGGGGUAGCCGGGGCUCUUAGCCUCGGCGGGUUCUAAAGCCCCCAGCUAUUACAAACAUUCUUGAAAAAUUUCCUGUAUAAAAAAAAACAAAACACAUUAGUAGUUUUUCUCUCUAUAUUCUUUCAUUCUUUGGUUUCACCUUCAUAAAAAGAUAAUAUGCCUGCCUUAGGUUGUUGUGUAGACACUGCUGUUGCUGUUUCUCCUCCUUUCGGCUAUCCCUUCCUUAGGGAUAGCACUCUUCCCGCGCCUGAGAUUUUUUCCUCGGGCGCGACUAACGACACCCAUUGGUCCACGGAGCACUCAUCCGAUCUGUAUCGGGUCGAUGGAUGGGGUGCUCCGUAUUUCACCGUUAAUUCUAACGGUGAUAUAUCUGUCCGUCCACAUGGGACUGACACCCUUCCUCACCAGGAAAUUGAUCUCCUCAAGGUCGUGAAAAAGGCGUCUGACCCAAAAAAUUCGGGUGGGCUCGGGUUACAGCUGCCCCUUGUUGUUCGGUUCCCUGAUGUUCUGAAAAACCGGUUGGAAUCUCUUCAAUCGGUUUUUGAUUACGCUGUUCAAUCUCAAGGAUAUGAGGCUCAUUACCAAGGUGUUUAUCCUGUUAAAUGCAAUCAGGAUAGGUUUGUGGUUGAGGAUAUUGUGAAAUUCGGGUCGGGUUUUCGGUUCGGUCUUGAAGCCGGGUCGAAACCCGAGCUCCUCUUAGCUAUGAGCUCGAUGUGUAAGGGAAGCUCUGAGGGGCUUCUUGUAUGCAAUGGGUUCAAGGAUGCGGAAUACAUUUCGCUUGCUUUGGUGGCAAGAAAGCUGUUAUUGAACACGGUAAUUGUGCUUGAACAAGAGGAGGAACUAGAGUUGGUGAUUGACAUAAGCCGUAAAAUGGCGGUCCGACCUGUGAUCGGGCUUCGGGCUAAGCUCAGGACCAAACAUUCGGGUCAUUUUGGGUCCACUUCCGGUGAGAAAGGCAAGUUUGGGCUUACAACAACUCAGAUCCUUCGUGUGGUGAAGAAACUGAAAGAAUCCGGAAUGUUGGAUUGUCUUCAAUUGCUGCAUUUCCAUAUUGGAUCUCAAAUCCCUUCAACAGCUUUGCUUGCUGAUGGUGUUGGUGAGGCUGCUCAAGUUUAUUGUGAAUUAGUCCGUCUUGGUGCUGGAAUGAAAUUCAUUGAUAUUGGUGGUGGCCUUGGAAUUGACUAUGAUGGUACGAAAUCUUGCGAUUCUGAUGUUUCUGUCGGAUAUGGACUUCAGGAAUACGCUUCUACGGUUGUUGAAAGUGUCCGGUUCGUUUGUGACCGGAAGAACGUGAAACAUCCGGUGAUAUGUAGCGAAAGUGGCAGAGCAAUUGUGUCUCAUCAUUCUGUUCUGAUAUUUGAAGCUGUGUCUUCAACUACUACGCGUUCUCAAGAGUUGUCCACUGUGGAUCUCCAGUCCUUUGUGGAGAAACUCAACGACGAUGCUCGUGCUGAUUACCGGAACUUAUCUGCUGCUGCUAUUCGUGGAGAAUACGAUACCUGUAUGCUUUAUUCCGAUCAGUUGAAACAGAGAUGUGUGGAGCAGUUUAAAGAGGGUAAUUUGGACAUUGAACAGCUUGCUGCUGUUGAUGGUAUAUGUGACUUUGUGGCAAAGGCUAUUGGAGCUUCUGAUCCUGUCCGCACAUAUCAUGUGAAUCUUUCGAUUUUCACUUCGAUCCCUGAUUUUUGGGCAAUUGACCAACUGUUCCCGAUUGUUCCCAUCCACAAGCUCGAUGAACAGCCUACAGCUCGGGGAAUUUUAUCCGACUUGACAUGUGACAGUGAUGGAAAGAUCGAUAAGUUCAUCGGAGGCGAGUCAAGCUUGCCUCUUCAUGAAUUGGGAAGCAAUGGUGGUGGUGGUGGUCCAUAUUAUCUUGGAAUGUUUUUAGGCGGGGCUUAUGAGGAGGCGCUUGGAGGACUCCACAACCUGUUUGGCGGGCCCAGCGUUUUGCGCGUGUCGCAGAGCGAUAGCCCUCAUAGCUUUGCUGUGACAUGCGCGGUUCCAGGCCCAUCCUGUGCUGACGUACUUCGGGCGAUGCAGCACGAGCCUGAACUCAUGUUCGAGACGCUCAAGCACCGUGCCGAGGAAUUCGUGCUCAACGAAGAGCAAAAAGGAGAUAAAGAGAUGGCAUUUGAAUCUUUGGCUAGCAGCUUAGCUCAGUCUUUCCAUAAUAUGCCUUAUCUUGCGCCUCAAUCAUCCUGCAGUGGCUAUUAUUAUUGCAAUGAUGAUAACAUUGUUGGCGUUGGCGCGGAAUGUGCAACUGGGGAGGAAGGGUUUUGGCCCUACUGUGUUGCUUGAAGUGUCUCUGUAUCAUUUCAAGAUUCCACCAUUGUUCCUUUUUUAUUUUUCCAGUAAUAAAGUUUGUCGUUGAGGUGGUCUUAGUCAUGGUAUGUUAUUUAUGUUUUUUUUUUUUUUUUUUCGGGUGUAAUUUCCUAGUUGCUGGAGGAUCAGAAGUUAUGGAGAAAAGCAAGGAAUUGUCGAAUCUUUUUGUGUUGUGUUUUGAGAGUGGGGUAACUUAGCAGAAUCACAAUCAAAUAUAGUUCGGCCCACCUCAUCCUAUGUAAUCUCCCCUUCUUACUAAAUUAAAUGCAUUUACUUUAGAA